CGCCACCGCGUGUCUGCAGUCUAACUUUGGAGCUGACCGGGACGCCGCGAGUGUUUUUUGUGCGAUAGAUCGGAGGAUGCGGUGCAUAGCUUCGGUUAGAAGAAGCAGCUCGAGCUCGGUGAUGUCUUUGUGAGUUACUAUACGAGAGGCUCUGACUAGCUUUCGACGGACUCGUCAUCCCGAUAUCAUCGUCUCCACGUCCAGUCGUUGCAGUGCUACGUUCGUGCUCGUAGAGAUCGCGACUGAAUGGAUCCACAGCUGGGUCUGGCUUCGCCGUGGCUGCGAAAAUGCCGCCUACUGUACGUGUGCCUGCUCAUUGGACUGCUAACGCCAAGCGUCGCCUCGAGCUACAGCAUCGGCGUGGGCAUCGCCGACGUGACCGGACCAGUCGCCGAAGUCGUCUUCAUGGGCUACGCGAAGAUGGAUCAGAAGGGAUUAGGCCUUCACACGCGGUUAUUUGCCCGAUCAUUUAUCAUCGACGAUGGAGAGCAAAGGUUUGUCUUUGUCUCGGUGGACAGCGCGAUGAUCGGCCACGGUGUGAAAGCUGCGGUCGUCAAAAAGCUCAAUUCCCACUACGGGAAUUUAUACACAGAGUCAAACGUGAUGAUCAGCGGGACGCACACGCAUUCGAGUCCAGGUGGUUUUAUGAUGGACGUGCUCUUCGACAUUUCGACUCUGGGCUUCGUCAGAGAAACAUUCAACGCACUAGUCAAUGGCAUUAGCAAGAGCAUAGAUAAGGCGCACAACAACAUCGUUCCCGGAAGGAUAUACGUAGCCCGUGGCGAAGUAUUGGAUGCCAAUAUCAAUAGAAGCCCCGCUGCUUAUCUGAGGAAUCCAAUUUAUGAAAGAAAAAGGUACAAGCAUGACACGGACAAGGAUCUCGUGCAAAUGCAGUUCAUCGCGGCCACGAACCGCCCCCUGGGCGUUAUCAACUGGUUCGCCGUGCACCCGACUAGUAUGAACAACACCAACCACCUCGUGUCCAGCGACAACGUCGGCUACGCAUCGAUUCUCUUUGAAAAGCGAGUCAACAAGCACACCAUGAUCGGCAAGGGUGAGUUCGUGGCAGCGUUCGCGUCGACUAACUUGGGAGAUGUUUCUCCGAAUACUCGCGGUCCGAAAUGUGAAUUUUCUGGGAAAAAUUGUAGCGAGCACUACACCUGUCGCGGUAAAAAGGAAAUGUGCUUUGCCUCGGGCCCCGGAAGGGACAUGUUUGAAAGCACCAGCAUCAUAGCCCACAAGAUAUUCAACGAAUCCUGGAAUCUGUGGAAAAGCGGCACUGGCAAAGAGGUGGUCGGGCCGGUGCGUGUGGUUCACCGCUUUGUCGACAUGCCCAAUCAAAAUGCCACCUUUUAUAACGAGACUUCAGGCGAAGUCGAGACGGUGACCGGGUGCUCACCAGCCAUGGGCUACAGCUUCGCAGCCGGAACGACAGACGGUCCGGGCUCGUUUGCUUUCGAGCAGGGCACGACCACGUCGAAUCCGUUCUGGAACGCCGUUCGUAACUUUUUGGCCAAGCCAACCGACGAGGAUGUACGUUGCCAUGGAGCCAAGCCAAUUCUCCUAGCCACGGGUCAGAUGAGAAAACCGUACCAGUGGCAGCCAAAGAUAGUGUCGACACAGCUGGCUAUGGUGGGAAACGUAGUGUUGGCAGGCGUUCCUGGUGAGUUUACGACGAUGUCAGGAAGGCGUCUCCGCGACGCAGUAAAAAAGGCCAUUGAUGAAACAGACGAGUCCUUUGGAGAGGCUGAGGUUGUCGUUGCUGGGCUCUGCAACACCUACAGCGAUUACAUCACCACGCCCGAGGAGUAUCAGGCUCAAAGAUACGAGGGCGCAUCAACGGUUUACGGACCACACACACUGACAAUCUACCUGAAACAGUACGCCGAGCUUGCAAGGCACGCGGUACUUAACGAGAAGGUAGAAAGUGGGCCAACGCCCGUGGAUCUUUCGAAGGAGCAGCUCAUUAGUUUGGUGGCACCUGUGCUUUUCGAUUCACCCAAGUGGGGGAAGGAAUUCGGUGACUGCGUCAAGCAGCCCAGGCGCACCUAUGGACCUGGUGGCGUGGUCACUGUCAGAUUUAUUUCCGGUCAUCCGAGGAAUAAUCUAAUGACUGGAAAUACCUUUUUGACGGUCGAAAGGUUGGAAGAGGAUGAGAUUUGGACUCCUGUAGCCACAGAUGCGGAUUGGGAGACCAAAUUCAUGUGGGAAAGAACAUCGAUGCUCCUUGGUUCUAGUCAAGUAAUCGUUUCAUGGGAGAUACCAGAUACUGUGCUGCCGGGAGAAUAUCGGAUACGGCAUAAUGGCUACUAUCGCUACAUUCUUGGUGGAAUCUACCCAUAUCAAGGCGUUACAAACCACUUUCAGGUGAAAACGCCUCAGAUAAAUUAUUGAACGCUCGAGUGCUUGACGUAGCCCUUGUGGCUAAAAAUAUAAGAAUACUUUUGUCAUAUGAUGUGUAAAGGUGGCGAUGUUAUUACCAAACGAUAAAUGUGAACCCUUGCUAGUUUAGAUUGUACGAAAUUCGUCUCGGUGAGGUGCCACAAAUAAACUGCGAUCAACAAGUUGGAUUCAAGCCAGAGACUCUAACAGUUUGAACCGAUGAUCUAUAAUAAUUCAAUAGGUCAGGAUAUGUUAAUAGUUGCUAUUGAUCGAGUGAUACGUAUUCAUACAUAAUGUGACCCAAUCGUCCGAUAUCGUCUACACAAGACCAGUUUUGUGUGGAUAAUGUGGAUGAACAAGUAAUUUUAUUUUUUUACCAAAACUAAUAGUCGCAAAGUUUGUACUUUUGAGAAAAUAAUAAAAUGAUUACAACUUUUAUCAUGUGAGAAAAGUUUUGUCCCAAUUGGCGGAUGUAUAAUUUAUAUCAUCCACCAAUCAGGGCGAAAGUUUUCUCGUAUGAUUUUUAGGUACUAGGAUCUAGGCUGCUAAUAACAAAGAAUCAAACUGUGACUGAUUUUUUGCUAAAAAUAAUUACCCACUUUUCUAUACCUGAUCUAUACUAAGGGGUUUGACACUAUGAGUAAUACUCCUAAUAACAUACAAAAUACUUUUAUUUACAAACAAUCAAUCAAUCAAUACUCAGCUUUCUUUAUAUUGUAAUUGCUUUGUUAUCACGUAAUCUCAGCUCAAAUAAGCAAAAAGUGAUGUUAAGUGUAUUAUUUAUCGUAAAUACUUUAUAUUUUACGAUAUCUUACUUUCUUCAACGACCGCUAAUAUUCUACCAAUCAAUUUCAACGGUUAACUCAAAAAAUCAGAUUUUUAUACCUACACGUAAACAAUAACAAUCUUGAUUCAUUCUUAUAGAAAACAUCGCUCAUGCAACUUGAAACGAAUAAAAAGCUUAUUAUGUCUAACUCUAGCCGCAACUUGACACCAAUCAAAUACAUUGCCUAAAGACCAAAAAUACAUAUGCAUCUUUUGCACGUGAAAGUUCUGUUGUACGUACUUUUGAGAGUGACUGAUAUUUUGUACAUUUAAGAGUGACUGAAUCGUUUACAGUAAAAAUUGCAAGUAAGCUUAUUUAUUAUAAGGUAUUUUUUUCUCAGGCUAUAUUAAAUAUAGUAAGAAUGUGUGGUUUAAAAUAAAUAGUUUUACAUUUUUUGAUGAUUUGUCAUACUCAAAUCAAUAAAGCUACAACUUCCAGUGACUUUUUUUGUAGAUGUUACAGGAAACUGUUUACUCAAGAUCCGUGUAAUCGACCAAAAAAUUAUGAAAUAAGUAUUUUCAUUUUUAUUACAAAAAAUAUAAGCCAAUACCAUGUUUUUGUACUCACGCAAUUAGAUCACGUUACAACUGCUUGAAGCUAAAGACAAUAAAAAACAA